CCUUGGCUCAGCACCAUGGGCACCGGAUCUCCGCCAUCACCACGCAGUGAAGCGAACGAACGGCAGCAGCUGGUGCAGCAGCUGCUGGAGGAACGACGGCAGCGCUUGGAGCAGAAGCUGGCGGAGACUGAGAUUCCAAACACGUAUGAGGAUCGAGCGGAUCGACCCCGUUCCUUGCUGCCGUCCUUUGACACGGUGCUGAACGAGACCCCGAGACAAAGUUUCUCACUGACCUAUCAGGACACAGAGACCAUCGCCCCAGCGAGCAUUUGGGAACCUGAGCUGUUGGAGGGAUGCCGGCGCUGUGGGAAAGAUGUGCUCAAGACCUGUCCCUUCUGUCGUCAUUGUGGCUGCAGACUGGAGGACGGUCCUUCAGCAGGCCAAGAUGGCUAUGUUCGAUCAGCGUCAUCGCGUAGUUUUAAGGAACGUCUUCGCGACAGCUCCAAGCAGUACCAGCAGAACUUAGACCUCCGACGUCGCGCUCAGGAGGUGGAGCUGACAAAACACUGUACCUUUCAUCCUGUCAUCAACAACAGGUCCCAGGUCGUUGCGCAAAGAGCCCGGGGCUGCUACGCAGAGGCCCUGCCAGAGAGGCUUGGGCCCAACGAUGCGCGACGGAGGUCCGCUUUGAGAGACCAGGCCAAAGAAAUUCUCCAAGCCGAUGAUCUCUAUGAGUGCACCUUUACACCGCGCAUCAACCGGCGGUCUGAUGGUUGGGACGACCGAGUGCCGUUGCAUUUGAGGACCAAGGCCAUCCAACAAUACAAACAGGAGAAGAUCCGGGCCAGCCAAGAAGCAAAGCUCAAGCAAUCACACCCCUUCACCCCACGGAUCUCGGCAAAAAGCCAUCAGCUUGCGCAGAGAAGGCUGGGGACCAGGUCCAAAAGUGUCGACUGCAAAGUCGAACUGGAGCAAACGGAGGCGUGCGUGGAUUCAGGGGCAAAGGAUGGCGAUAGCUUGCAGAGGACACUGGCAAAUCCUGGCAAAGCUUCACAGGUGUCAGGUCGUCCUCAGGACUUUCUCGCCCGCCAAGUCAGUUUUCAGAAGGAGCGCCAGUUUCGGCAAGAAGUGCGAGAACAGCAUGCCUGCUGUUCCUUCAGGCCAAAGAUCAGCGAUCAAAGCGAGCAGAUCACCGCGUGCAACGUUGAACUGAUUGGCGAGACGCCUGAAGAUCGAAUUGAAAGACUUGCAGUGAAAGAUGUGAAUCGCAGGCAAUUGCACCAGCAGGAGCUGCGGGCGUCCAGAGACAGGGACUGCACUUUUCGACCAGCUUUGAGUCCACAGAGCGAAGCGAUCGCAAUGUCGAGGAGAGCAUCAUCACCUUCAGGAGUGCACCAGAGACUCUACGACGAAGCCAAAUGGCGCGCCCGGGAGGCAGCCAACUCCCCAAGGCGUGAUUUCCAACCCCAGCCGGACCCUCGAAGUCGCGCAUGUUUUGCGCACGUGAAGCCGCACUAUGCCACGCCAGCAGACAUCAUGGAAAGCAUUCGGCAGCAGCAAGAUCGGAGGGCGGAACUGUUGCUUCAGCGGCACGAGGAAAGGAUGCGAGCAGAGGCGGCAGGCUGCACUUUUCGCCCCGAGCUUUGCUCCAAAGCUCUGUCGGAGGGAGCUCCUGUGGUGGUCAGUGGCCUGGGACGCUUCUUCGAGCUAAAGAGCCUGGCACAACGACAAGAGUUGGAGCAGCGCGCGCACGAGGCGAAGGCCUUUCGCACAAGCUGCAGCCAUGGGCCUCCACUGGGCAUCACAAUUCCGGAGCCAUUUGCCUUGUCACAGUCCAACAGCUGUUCCUCCACAUAGAUGGUAUGGCUGUGAUCCAGGCUGGUUGCAACCUUACGCUCUGACUGAUGGAUAUAUUUCUUACAGAUAAUGUAUGAUAAUGUGCCCUCAGAGGCGAUGCAUUGAUGCUGCGCCUCUGGCCUGAAACGGCUAAAAGAUGCUCGCUGCCCCAUUCAAAAGUCGUG